AUGAGCGUACUAUCAGACAUGGCUUCCAAGAUCAAAACCACACGACUUGUCCCACCAACCGAGGAUGAACUCUCGUCUACCAAAAAGGAAAACCAAGACUCAGAAGCUGCUCAAACUCAUCAACAACAACGACCAAUACUCGAAAUAACAUCCUACGACCGUUUCACACCUCCAUCCCCAAAACCAGAUCUAGAAUACGACUGCCGCAUGACGCAAAACCCAUCGCGCCAAACACGGAAAACAUGCACCGGACUCGACUCGACACUCCAAGACGAGCUCAUGUGCCGCGACUCCUUCAGCGAUAUCUUAACCCGCGCUGAAGACGAUAUCCGAAGACUCAUGGAAGUUAAAGAUGUAAGAGCUAGUAGGGAAGGCGAAACAGCGAUAGUAAGGGUGGGAUGUCUAUGUGGGAGUGGGCAUCAUAGGAGUGUGGCCUUUGCAGAGCAGUUGGGAAAAGUACAGUGGAGUGAGAAUGAUGAGUGGGAAGUUAGGGUUGUGCAUAGAGAUUUGACCAAGGGGGUGGAGGAGAUGAAGAGGGCUAGGAGUGAGAAGAGUGAGAAAACGGGGGAUGGAAAUGAAGGUGUUUAG